GAUGCGACUUGCGCGGUUCGCGGAAAAUUUGUCGCAUGGCGAUGACGUCAACGCGACGUCGCCGAGUUGUUGCUGAGAAGCUCGGCUUGGAGAGUCAUGUCGUGGGUGCAAGCGAUGUCGUCGUCCGGGGAGGAUGUUUUUGACGAAUAUAUGGAUGAUAUGCAGCCCCAGCAGAACGAAUGGCGAUGUAAUAUGGAAAAACGUGUUAAGGAUGGUUAUCGGGAUGGAAUUGAAGCAGGUAAAGAAUCUGCACUUCAGAAUGGGUUUAAUCAAGGGUAUGUAGCUGGUGCUACUAGCAUGAAGAUCAUUGGAGAGUUGAAGGGGAUUUUAAGUGCCUUACUGUCAUGGUGCCAAAUGCAGAAAAUGGAUUCCGGGGUCAUUGAUGAUUUGAAGCAGCUUCUUCAGACAGCUGCUGACCAGGAGGCACUGCUUCUUGAGAGACUAAAGAUUUCUCAACAGGAAACAAAUGUCAGUGAAGUUACAGAUGAUAUUGAGCUCCUGGAACUAAAUGCUGUUGUACAGGAAACCAGCUGUGGAUGUUGUGGUAAUUCUGUAGAGGAUCCAUGCAACAAACUGGACAAUGAAUUUGACAGAGAACAUUGUAAAAAACAAAAUCUAUUUUCCAAAUCAGUUGAAUGUCGGACAUUUCACAAAGUAUCAGAUUCUGAAAAUGAGCAUGUAGCAAAUCUUUUAAUUCAGUGUUAUGAACUAGCCAGUGCAUUAAAUCUUCCAGCAGAACUGCUACAGCAUAUUAAACAUCUUGGGACAAUUCAGGUAAAUGUGAAAUAAGGAACUCAUACAAUGUACUUUUGUAACAAUUGCUGUUUUUUUUACAGUGAUUUUUAAUUACACAGUUUGCCAUAAACAUCCUGCCUAUCAGUGUUCAUAUUUUUUAAAAGUUACAUACAGCACGUUGUCAUUUCCUUAAUAUUCUGUAGUAAGAGAGAGGAAGGUGAAACAAUCUGUAUGCAUCCGUGCCUCUCCUUGCCACCAGUUAAAGCAUUUCUUAUUGGGAUACAUUUUGUUGCCAUACAAAAUAUCCUAUACUCCUAACUAUGAAUGAGUUUAGCAAUAAUUUUAGAAAUUGAAUUUCUUGCUUUGGUAAAUGUGGAAGCCAUCAGUAAAUCAAGUCAACUUUUUCUGUCCUAUUUUUAUUUCCCCACAACAAUAUUAUGGUGUGGCAGGGAAUAAGCAUAUAGCUAGUGACUUUAAAGGCAUCCUUGAAGUGUACAGUAAGGUAUUGUGCUAAGAUAGCUACACAUGCAGGCAACUUUUUAAAAUCUGUUAGGUUAGUAAUGAAAAGGCCACACUUUUUCUUGGACACAGGAGGUAACUGAGCAGACCUUGUUGCUGAACCUUUGUACUUCUGACUUUGUUAUGAAAAAGGACAAAGAGGGCAACAAGUGCUUUUUUUAAGAACACAAACCAUAAAAGCAAACAGGAAACAUUUUUUAAAAGAUUCUAAGUGCAUUGAAUUUUGUAAUUAGAAUUGGAAACGGGCACCAUAAGCUUAUUGGUUGAUUGCACCCAUUCCUUCAGCUUUGAAAGAGUCUAUUCCUGGGGUGGAGCCGAGAGAGAGAGGUCAGUGUUUUGGUCAGACUGUAGUCUUUGACAUCUUUCAUGUUCUCUGAAAUAUCUGAAACACUGGGUGAAUAAUGUUUUUUCCUAAAUGAAUGUAUCAGCUGUUUUAUAUGCCAUAGCUUCUAGUGGUGUUCUGAUAACAGUUAAAAGAAUCUAUACAAAUAUAAAAACCUACUUUCUAAGGUAAUCCAUGUUUCACUUUUCCUUUAUUGUGGGGGGAAGAUGUGUAAACAGUCGAGUAUCUUGAAUUGAAGUGAUUUCAAUAGGUUCUCUACCCACUUGCAGCAGAUGAUAUUUUUCUUUAUAUAUAAUAUAUAAAACUUACGUAUAAUAAAUAUAUCCCCUUUCCAUUGGAUGCUGCCUCCACUGCAUACAACAAAUACAAAAGGUUUUAAGGGUUAAUGCUUUGGUAAAAUUGUGGGAAAACUGUGCAUGGACCCCUGUCUGUAGCAACAGGCACAGUUCACUUAACUCAGAACGUACAAUCUUUAUGAAAAUUUAUGAACCUUUCACCAUUGUAGACCAAAACCUGAUUCCAGGUCUGCCUAAAAAAUAUUGGUUUGCAAUCAAAUAAAAUUAAUAGCUGACGUGUGGGGUCAUGGGCGCUGUGCAAAUCUACUUUUAUGUUUUGGUUUGGGUGAACUAUAAGUAUGAUUGACAGGGAUGACAAGAAAUCAAAAAUUGUAUUAAUAAGCUGUUAAGGAUCAAUUUAGUUUUUUCCAUUCAGAGUGAGGAAAACAAUUUGCAUUUAGCUAGGGUUUCUCAGCCAGCUUUAUGUAUUUAACUAUAUUUAAGUGCACUCAUGGACAACAUGGAAAUGCAUACACAUGUAAUUAUUGUAUACCAAUGCUUUUUAUUGUGAUAGCCCUGCAUCUCAAGACUUAGGUUACUUGCAUUAGGCUUCAUUCAGCUUCUAAUUGAAAGCACUUGCUUUUCUCAAUAAAGACCUUUUUUCUCAUUA